AUGGUGAAUAAAGACCAGUUUCUCCAUGAUGAAGUUUCAUCUUCAGUGUCACAGCUUGCGACAAAGGUCCAGGGGGCAGGUUUCCGCGGCUGGAAAGAAGUAACCUCUAUGUUCAACAAAGACGACGAACAGCAGUUGCUCGCGGGAUGCAGGUCUCCAAAAUCCAAAGGAACAAACCUCAAGUUAAAGGAGGAGAUGAAGUCAGAAAAGAAGCCAGGAUUUUGGGACAGUUUGGUGAUAAAGCAGAACGUCCAGUCUAGGAAACCAGACGAGAUUGAGGGAUGGGAACCGCCGCCCAUCACUGCUGCUGCCCCUGCCGGCGACGCGGCAAGCACUUUAAGUGACUGUUCAGCCUGGUCGGGCUGGGAGGAAGAAACCAAAGGCUCCACCAAAUACACGAACCUGGCGAGCUCAGGAAACAGCUCCAGGUGGAGCAUCAAGUCAGCGGGGAAGCUGGUGAGCAUUAGACGGCAGAGCAAAGGUAACUUAACUGACAACUGGGAAGAACUAGAGUGAUGCUGGUGACGUGAAGGGCUUUAUAAGCAGGAGGGAGGUUCCUUGAUAUUUACUUGUGUGUUGAAACCAAAAUCGAAUCUGCUCAAUAUUGCACCUUUAUACAGUACUUUGUUUUAUUCAGAUUGUUGCAAAUUUUUGCUCACCUGAUAGUGAAUUUUCUUAUUACAUUGUUAAAUACCUGUUUUCCACACUGAAAAAAAAAAGAAGUAGAGAAUCUAUUUUGUGCCUAUAUUUCACAUUCAGACUCUGCAGUACGUUGGGUUGUUGGUUUUACCAAAAAAAAAUGUAAUUCCUUAGUGAAUGUAUACACUGGUUGUAAAUUUGGCUGCCUUAUGUAGGAACUUCCACUAGCUUGAGGUCCUGUUUUUGUUUGUUUUCCUGAGAUUGGAGGGUCACUCAAAAUGUUAGUUUUGAUGCUGUCCCUUUUUUAGUAAGAAUACUGCUGUGUAGCUUGCAGGAAGAAUGCUUGUACUGAGCACACUGUUUGGUGACUCCUGAGCCCCAGCCUAUGCUCCAGCUUGUGCACACGAUGCUCCACUGUCCAAGCAAAAUGGGAAAAUCCUGCUCUGAAGUCACUGCCUCCUUCGCAGGAGCUUCACCAAGAGUCAGCUCAAACGGGUCUUCCAAAGCUUUUUAUACUGAACGUUGUUUGACAUAGCUAAAAUUUUCAGUUUUUAAGAGACAUGUCAUGCCAAAAAACCUGAAAUGUAAAUAAUUAUUGCGAAUCUGGAAAGCGGCGGUGAGUCGGGAGCCUAAAGCAUCUCUGCGUUGAGGAUGUGUAGCCCCGAACCUCGGGGUAGGUUACUGCUUAUGGAGGGUGUAUGUCCUCUGUUUUACAACAGCUGGUGCUUGUUCUGUGAGUGUUUGGCUUUCCUUUCCUAUAAGCUGUGAUGGAAUUGCACUCCAGCAUUUUCAGGAUACCUGAGCCAUUGCAAGCAAGUGCAUGCACGUGACUUCAGAAGCUUUUCUUAUUAUAAAGCUUAGCUACCGAUACUUUCCUUUUUGGUAAAAGGGGGCAAAGCGUUGGACUAGAGAUUUGGAAUGUAUAUAGGAUACUAAAAGUGCCUCUUUCUAGCAUCUUGUCUCUCAUUAGCAGGGUGGUCAAGGUCAGAUGUGAAACUAGUUUCCGCUUUGUUGCUGUGGCCCCUGUAAGGGCUGGUUUAUCUCUCAUGGGAAAAGAUCCGCCCCUGCCAAAUGAGCCCUGGGACCUUUCUCUCCUGAUCCUUAAACUGGCAAAACGGAGCUGAAACUUGCUGGCUGCUUAGCAAUGCGGCUAGGACUGCGGGAAGAUCCAGUUAGCUUUGGAUGAAGUCAACCUUUUUACAAGAAAGCAGGUAUCUUUAUAUGUAGUGGCCAUCCAGUAGGCUUAUUUUUACAAGAUGAUGCUGUUGAGAAGGGACGCGUGCCAUUUUCUUCUAAGCCUGCAGCUUGUCCUGCUCGACUCCCUUCCCGCUCGCUCCAGCUGCACGCGUGCCCCUUGGCUUGCAGCUUCUCCAUAGCUGUUCCCUGGGCUUUCCUUCCUGGCGUGCUUGGAGGGACACUCUAGCAAGGUCACCACCACCAGGUAGGUACAGGACACCUACAACACAGGGGUCUGCCUGUUGCCGCUUGCAGGCUGUUGGGAUACAUUGCUUUCCAGUUACAUGAAGGAUCACUAGCGUUUCAUGCUAGGAACUGGAUCGGGAAGCUGGCAGAAGCUUCUCUAAACGCGGCAUUGCAGGUUGUAUUUUAGAAAGAUCCUCCUAGGGGAGAAAGGGUUGGUGUUUAGGCUGUGUCAUUUAGGCUGCAAGUGAAACUCCGCUUACCCUGGGCAAGUCCCAAUGCUGAGGUUAACGGUGGAAAAGAAUUGGUGCUCCUGGGUGGGGAAUGCGGCGUUUUCCAGCCUCGGGAACCCUCUCAAGCCGGGCAGGUGCCCAGCUGGAGAGGCCGCCCUCGCGUUGCGCUCCGAGGCGGGCCGCGAGCCCCAGGCUUCCCUCCCCACGUAGCUGUUCCUGCUGUGACCGGCAGAGGUUUUGCCUCGCACAUUAUCCUGCCAAGUGCCUGUCUCUCACCUUGACCGUGUGUUUCGUGCACAGCUCGACUGCAGAAUUCUCCCGUUUGUUUUUAAAGCCACCGUAAAGAGCGCGCGUGCAACGCUGAAGCCUGUUACGGAGCAGAGCGGCCUCCAUGGGGAAGCGCAGCGGCGGCCUCGCGGUGUGCCUCCCAGCCACGUAAACCCGGGUGUGCUUUUUAAGUGCUGUUUCCUCAGAAAGAACCAUUUUAAGGAUGAACCUUGUUAAAUUUAAUAUAAUUUAUUGUUAGGCUUUGGUAACGUGUUUGUCUUUUGAGAGCUCACCGGUGUGAGCUUUCUGCUGUGUCCAUAAGCCUGUUUGUCUGCAUCUUCCGAGUGGGGUCUGCUUUUCUUUUACCUUCUUUCAGUGCUUAAUUACGUUUAUGGGCUUGACUAUCACAACUCCCUAUGUGGAAUAAGUGUAAAAUAUGUCCCUUAAUACUUGUUUUGAACUUGCAUUUCAAUCUUUGUGAAACGGUUUAGAAGAAGAUAGCAUUAAGAUUGUAUAAUAAGAUUGCACAAGAUAAAAUAUAGUUUAUAUUGCUUUCUCGUAGCCAAUCUGCAUGAUUGUUGGCGUGGUUUUAAUGGGAAUUACAAGCUUCAUGUGGCUGUAACUAGUCACUUAACUCUAAGCAAAGUUCUCUCUGGGUAUUUU